CACCCCCAACCUCUCUCAAUUCAGUCAGUCAGUCAGUCAGUCAGCCAGCCAGCUCAAUUGCUCCUCAUCCUCUUCAUCCUUCGAUCACACUCUCCGAGGCGUGAUCCGUAAUACCGUCAAGAUUUUCUCCACACAUCUCAACUCGCGGCACCACCCGUUCAACGGCCGGCGCACUUCCAACCGUGGUGGAGCACCGGACAACGCGUUAUACAUCCAGUAAACAACUCGCGUUACACCCCUCUCUAUCAACGCAAUGGCUCCCCACGCAAGUUCGGAAGUCGCCAAUGGCGCCGUGAACGGGUCCGCUCAUUCCGCCCCGCUGUUUACCGUCAACUCUCCCAACGUCGAGUACACCGAUACCGAGAUCAAGAGCAAGUAUGCCUACCAUACCACCGACAUCACCCGCACUGCCGACGGCAAGCUCGUGGCCACCCCCAAGGCCGCGACCUACAACUUCAAGGUCGACCGCAAGGUCGGCAAGGUCGGCAUGAUGCUGGUCGGCUGGGGUGGAAACAAUGGCUCCACUGUGACAGCGGGUCUCAUCGGUAACCGUCGUGGCCUCGAGUGGGAGACCCGCGAGGGCACCCGCGCGUCCAACUACUACGGCUCCAUGGUUAUGGGCUCCACGAUCAAGCUGGGUACUGACUCCAAGACCGGCGAGGAGAUCAACGUGCCGUUCCACGACAUGCUGCCCAUGGUCCACCCUAACGACCUGGUCGUCGGUGGCUGGGACAUCAGCAGCAUGAACCUGGCGGACGCCAUGGACCGGGCCCAGGUGCUCGAGCCCACCCUCAAGCAGCUGGUGCGCAAGGAGAUGGCCCAGAUGAAGCCGCUUCCCAGUAUCUACUACCCCGACUUCAUCGCCGCCAACCAGGAGGACCGCGCGGACAACCUCAUCGAGGGCUCCAAGGCGUGCUGGGCGCACGUGGAGCGGAUCCAGCAGGACAUGCGCGACUUCAAGGCUCAGAAUGGGCUGGACAAGGUGAUCGUCAUGUGGACGGCCAACACCGAGCGGUAUGCGGACAUCGUGCCCGGUGUCAACGACACGGCGGACAACCUGUUGAAUGCCAUCAAGACGGGCCACCUGGAGGUUUCCCCGUCCACUGUCUUCGCAGUGGCUUGCAUUCUGGACGGCGUGCCCUUCAUCAACGGGUCCCCCCAGAACACCUUUGUCCCCGGCGCGAUCCAGCUGGCGGAGAAGCACCAGGCGUUCAUCGGCGGCGACGACUUCAAGUCGGGCCAGACCAAGAUGAAGUCGGCGCUGGUGGACUUCUUGAUCAACGCGGGUAUCAAGCUCACGUCGAUUGCCAGCUACAACCACCUGGGCAACAACGACGGCAAGAACUUGAGCUCUCAGAAGCAGUUCCGGUCCAAGGAGAUCUCCAAGUCUAACGUGGUGGACGACAUGGUGGCGGCCAACCACAUCCUGUACGCGAAGGACGAGCACCCGGACCACACUGUGGUGAUCAAGUAUAUGCCGGCGGUGGGCGACAACAAGCGGGCGCUGGACGAGUACUACGCGGAGAUCUUCAUGGGCGGCCACCAGACGAUCAGUCUGUUCAACAUCUGCGAGGACUCCCUGCUGGCGUCGCCGCUGAUCAUCGAUCUGGUGGUGAUCGCGGAGAUGAUGACGCGCAUCAGCUGGAAGGGCGAGGAGGGCGAGUACAAGGGCUUCCACAGCGUGCUCAGCGUGCUGAGCUACAUGCUGAAGGCGCCGUUGACCCCGCCGGGCACUCCGGUGGUGAACUCGCUCACGAAGCAGCGCAGCGCGUUGACCAACAUCUUCCGGGCGUGCGUGGGUCUGCAGCCGGAGUCGGAGAUGACGUUGGAGCACAAGCUGUUCUAGCUGUAGCGUUGCUACACAGCAGCGCCUUUUGAGGCAGCCUCUGCAACUCUAGCCGAUUCCUGGCUGUCAACUGAGCUAUUCUUCAGCUGUCCGAACUAGUCUUAUCCAACUAUAGCCACUCAUUAAUCCACAUCAUCCUUAGAUGAUAUUGACUAUCUCCAUCUCCUACGGACACCCACAUUACUACCAUCGUUGAACGGUAUUUCUGGACUGAAUCCCGCCCGCCAUUCGUAGAUGCUCUUUCUUCCACACUUCAUCCCUUGAGAGUAAUAUACCCUAUUCCUGCCCCGAUGCCGAUCCCAACAUUCAUGCCACUCACUUCUUCAAUGUUCAGAUCAAGUAUGAUGUACGGAGUAGACAUCAAUACACCCCCUUCGUACGUACUCGACUAACCUAACUCCAACUAGCAGAAGACAACCGUAGAAGAGCUUCUCUGGUCAGAGGCAG